AUGUAUGAGAAGUUCUUGAUCCAUCAUUACCCGAAUUUUUCUAGUAAUGAAGGGCCACUAAGAGCCGUGAAAUGGAUUGUGGAUCUCAAAAGGACCUACAAGAUUUGUGGAUGUACUGAGGACCAGAAGGUUCUAUAUGUUGGAUACCUAUUCCAAGGAGAAGCUGGAAUAUGGUGGGAUGUGCUAAGGCAUCUUCUAGUCAGGGAACUAGGAAGUUUGGUUGCACUAUCAUGGGAGAGAUUUAAGGAAGUAUUUGACAACGGAUUCUUCCUAGAUUCUGUCAAACAGCUAAAGGCGCAGGAGUUUGCAACUUUAACUCAAGGCAGUUUGACCAUAGAACAAUACGCCGCUAAUUUUAUGGUGUUAGGAAGGUUUGCACCACACUUGUUUUCUACUCAAAGGAUGCAAGCACAAAAGUUUCAAGCAGGACUUGAGCCAAAGAUCCGUAGCCAAGUAGCUUGUCUAAGAAUAGAGAAUUACCAAGAGUUAGUAAACAUGGCUGUGAUAGCAGAGAUAGAGUAG